CACCACCGACAAUCGAUGAGGUGUAUCGCUCGCGGAGUGAAAAAAUAUCAACAUUAGUUAAUUCGACUGUGUUCUCGUUUAAAUUUGCACCUAAAAAACCGCAUAAAUCAUCCCAAAUGGACGCUCAUCGGGAGGCCAUUCAGAAGCAAAUCCACCAGGACUGGGCCAACCGGGAGUACAUCGAAGUUAUCACGGCAAGCAUCAAACGGAUCACCGAUUUCUUGAAUUCCUUUGAUAUGAGCUGUCGGUCGCGAUUAGCGGUUUUAAACGAAAAGCUGACCACCCUGGAACGGCGGAUCGACUAUUUGGAAGCUUGCGUCACGAAAGGGGAAACAUUACAAUAGAAUUACUGUUCUCGGAUCGAUCGGGGCGUGUUUUGGAAUACUACCACCUCAAGGCAGGGUGGGAUCCAGGGGAUUAUGACACCAAUAUAUUUCGGUUGUCUUGCUAGAUCCGCCAGACCAAGUCGAGCGCAACUGUUGGCUGGAGUGAGUUUCUACACGUAAGAUUUUUUUUAUAGAUUGUAAACUUCCGCUUAGAAUGCUUAAGAAAUGUAAACUAAACUAACUUAUAAGAAAAUAAAUGAAAUUAUACUAAAAACGUGUGGAUGGAUUUCCAGUAGAUGAUCCAGUUACAUCCAAAAGUAUUUUUCAAGUGUACAAUUCUUACAAUUAAGAAGUUUUUUUUUUUGUUUCGAUUAUAGUCGUUUUACCAUCUUUAUGGCAUUCGCGAUUACAGUUAAGAAGUGGUUAUAUUGUUUUAUUUAACUGAAAAUGUUAGAACAAUACUUCUUACGAAUCAGAACAUAAAAUUAACGGACAAGUCCGUCCUCAUCUCAUCAGUAGCUUUUAGGGGAGAUAAGGGCAUAACGAGCACCCAGGGC